UUCGCACUGACCACACACAGAUGCACAAGAUUGAGUGUGGGUGGGCUUGUGUUGAUCCAUCAAUUUGCACUGUUUGUGAAUUUUUGUUAUGAUGCUUUUUAAUUUGGCAACGUCGUCUGUUCGUCAAGCCUAGUCCACUAUUUCAUUUGCAAUGGAGCCUAAAAUAAAUGUCGAUUUCACGUGUCAAAGAUGUUUACAGCCUUUAAAGUUAGAUUCCUCUUUCGGGAGCGUAGGGGAGCAUACGCUCGCAGAGCUGUCAUUACCGAUUCACAACCAUCCUGAUGUGGACUUGGAGUCUGAAGCAGUUAGUCUGGACCGUUACACUCCAGCUUUCCGUCUAACUGAGUCGGGAACUGGGGCCAAUGGAUUCACCGUCGUAGGCAAAGAAGGGGAACUGAAUCAAAUUAGCCAUAAAAUGAGGGUGACAUCAGAGCUUUUGGAUAUGCUUUCAUCCAAUUCUGACAUAGAUCACCCAUUAUGUGAAGAAUGUACUGACCAGCUAUUGGAGCUAUUAGAACAACAGUUGCAUUUAACAGAAGUUGAAUGCAAUGAUUAUAACCGUUUCCUGGAUAGACUGCAGGCUGAAGAAGAUCCACCACAUAGUCUUGAAUCUCUUGAGAAGGAACUGGCAGAGAUGAAAUUGGAAGAAGAAUCACUGAGAGAUGAACUGAGUCAGCUACAAGUAAAAGAAAAAGCAGCGAGAGAAGCUGUCGCCAAGCAAGAAAAAGAAAAAGAAAGGAUAGCUGCUGAAGAGGAGCGAUAUUGGAGAGAAUACACUCGACAUCGUCGGGAUCUACUCUUAGCCGAAGAUCAAUUUCGAAGCCUGGAGUGUCAAUUAAGUUACACAAAUAACCAACUUGACAAACUGAGCAAGACUAAUGUUUUCAACGCUACAUUCCACAUAUGGCACUCUGGUCACUUUGGAACAAUUAAUUCUUUCCGUCUUGGAAGGCUCCCUAGUGCUCCUGUUGAUUGGAGUGAAAUCAAUGCUGCUUGGGGGCAAACUGCUCUUCUAUUGUCAGCUUUGGCCCGGAAGAUGGAUUUGACAUUUGAAAGAUAUCGUCUUGUACCAUACGGGAACCACUCAUACAUAGAGGACAUUGCUGAAAAUCGAGAAUUGCCUCUUUAUGGAUCUGGUGGUUUCCGCUUUCUGUGGGACACAAAGUUUGACGCAGCCAUGGUAGCUUUCUUAGAAUGCUUGCAGCAAUUCAAGGAGGCUGUCGAGAGAGGGGAUUCUGGGUUCAGUCUCCCAUAUCGUAUGGAGAGAGGGCGUAUCGAAGACUCAACUACUGGAAAUUCUUUUUCAAUCAAAAUACAGCUGAAUUCAGAAGAACAGUGGACCAAAGCACUGAAAUAUGUUCUCACAAACUUAAAGUGGGGCCUUGCAUGGGUUUCUUCUCAAUUUGCCAAAGACCGUGACAUUGGAGGAUCUUAAAUCCUAAUAUUAUAUUC